AUGAUGGCGCAUGAACAUGAAGAACCGGGGCAGCCGAGUACGUCGGAACAAAAUAACGCCCAUGAAGAGGAAGAUCAAAGAAAAGAGCAGUUGAUACAACAAGGCAGUGGGGAGAAGAGAUGGUGGAAUGUCUGGAAGAAAUGGGAGGGCCAGGAUAGCGAUUGGUGGUUCGCGAGCACCGGCAUUCCCCUCCUCGCUGCAACUCUCGGCCCCCUAGCAAAUGUGAGCUCAAUCGCCGCACUCGUAACUCCCUGGAGACAGCAAAACAUCAUCAACGGCGAACGAAUCUCAGACUUUAAAGGCGUACCUUUCGGCGACCCGAGAUGGUGCUACUGGAUCAACGUAGCAUCGCUGAUCUGCGGCUUUCUCGGCAAUCUCUUCCUUCUUCUGAACUUUACGCAGAGGAUCCGUUAUAUCAUUGCCCUACCCGUUACUGUGGUUCUGUGGUAUCUUUCAUCUGCUUUCCUCAUAGCGAUAACGAUAUGCAUGAACACUUACGAACCACCAAUCCGACCGGAACAAGGAUAUACCCAAGGAUUUUGGUACGCCAUUGCGGCUGCGGCGUUUUACACCAUCUGUUCUAUGCUUCUCAUGGUCAACAUGCUGGGCUUUUUUCUUGGGCACUACCCCGAAAACUUCGCUUUGAGCGACAGUCAAAGAACGCUUAUUCUACAGACUAUGGCGUUUUUCAUCUGGUUAGGCGGUGGCGCUGCAGUCUUUGCGAAACUCGAGCAAGAUGCUGGAGAGGACAGUUGGAGGUUUGCCGAUGCCUUGUACUUCUGCGACGUAACCAUCCUGACCGUUGGGUUUGGCGAUCUAGUACCUACGACCGAUGUUACUAGGGGUAUUGUCUUUCCGUACUCUGUGGGCGGAACUAUCACGCUAGCCCUCAUUGUCUCGUCGCUUUACACAGCAGUCCGCGAGCUUGGCGAUGAGAAGAUCGUCCAGAAGCAUGUCGAUCGCAUGCGCGAGCGGGUCGCAGAGCGUACAGUUACCAACUCGUUUGAUCUCCGUCACCGGGAACGAGAAGCCCACCAUCUGGUUCGGAAACGCAGACUUGGCAUUCCAAAGAUAUCAGGACCUAGUCAACCACGGCCCUUUCGAACCCCCAUGGGCGAGUCUGUCCAGCAUACAUCGACUAUGCAGGGUGUUGCCAAUGCUCUACACAUCAAGUCCUCCAAGCCCAAGAUCAUGCUGUUGAAAGAAGAAAAGGACCGUUUUGAAGCUAUGCGCAAGAUCCAAGCCGAUUCGAAGAAGUUCAAGCAGUGGAUGGCGCUAUUCUGGUCCAUCACCACUUUUUUGAUUCUUUGGUGUGUGGGCGCAGUCGUGUUCUGGAUCACCGAAGAAGGAACACAACACUUGACGUAUUUCCAGUCACUCUACUUCUGUUAUGUCAGUCUAUUAACAAUCGGGUACGGUGACCUGGCACCAAGAUCCAAUUCCGGGCGCUGUUUCUUCGUCAUCUGGAGCUUGAUUGCCGUUCCGACCAUGACUAUCCUAGUCUCAGAUCUAGGCGACACUGUUGUCGCUAACUUCAAGAAGUGGAGUGACGAGCUCGCAGAUUUUACAGUACUGCCCAAGGCAGGUAUCUGGCGUUCGUUUCUUGACAAGCAUCCUUGGCUACUGCGAUGGUUACAGCGAUGGACAGAUAAACGAGCGAGAAAGAAGCGAUUGAGAAGGGGCUUCGACGUCUCUGACCCACGGUCUGAUGACGGCAUCGUAGAUUCUUCCGACCCGCAAGACAGAGAGAGUAUUUCGAACGACCCGGAAGAUCGCGAAGCAGCAACCGAUAUAGAACUGACUCUCCACCCGACCGUCCCAGCCCUCGCCUCCGAAGCCGAAGCCGACAUCACCAGCCCUCCCUCCCAGGCUUCAUUGACCCGCCGCCUCGCCCUGUCCAUCCAAAAGGUUUCUCUCGACCUCAAGACCAACGACAAGCGCUACACAUACGAAGAAUGGGUCGAGUUCACACGGCUCAUCCGUCUGACGAGUCCAGAGCGUUUAGACCGCAAUGUAAACACCGACAACAUGGUUUCUGAAGAUGAGAACGAAGAGGGAUUGGUGAAUUGGGAUUGGAUCGGAGAUGACAGUCCUAUGGUGUCUGGUAUUAGUGAGAGUGAGUGGCUUAUGAAGCGACUGAUUGAGAGUCUGGUGAGGUUGGAGAAGCGGAAGGAGGGUGCGAGGCGGAGGUCUGAUGUUGAGGCUUUGAGGGAGAUGGAGUGUGGGAGGAGUGUGCGGAGUCGGCAGGAUCGCAUUGAGGGUCAGUAG